GGGAAUGACUCAGGCAUUACACUACGUUUUGUAAGAGGAGGCAGAGUGGCCAAGUGGUUGGGGCACUUGACUUGAAAUCCAGAGUUAGUGGGUUCAAGUCCUACACGUACUCUCAACACUAAGCUAGAGUGUUUCUUUUUUGAUAUUCGCUAAUUGUCCACAAAUAUUAGCUAAUAUCUAGCUUAACACUCUGACACUUAAAUAAAGUUCAUUCUAACACCUUCCAGCGGACGAGUUUUUGUCCUUUUUUUGGUCUUCCCUUUGAUUUCUUAGUUGUCACAGAUGACCAGACUACUGCGAAUAUGGAUCCCUGUGGAAUGUUGGUUCAUCACAGGUUUACAUCCAGCAUUUUGAUUUAGUUGCCUUCACAGUUUGCUAGCACCCAUUUUGGAAUUGAGAAGAAGCAAAAGAAAAAUAAUCAACGUCGAUAAAUACAAAUAUGAAGCGGCUGUUUCUCACAAUCUAAUCAAAAUGGUCGCCUCAGCUCACGUUACUCCUCGUUGCUAUAAUGUUAUAGCAGACUAGAAACCCGAAACAGAAAGUACGUAAUUCUAAAUUACUCCACAGAGAGUAAUUGUUCGAAGAAUAGAUUGCCAAAGAACUAAGUCAAUCAAGGCACUGCUCAUAAUAUCGUCAAUAAGUUUGACAACUAAGUUGUUGUACAGCAGCUGGGCGAGCUGACGAGAUGCGUUUACUUUUAAAUUCGAAUUUCAGCAUCGCAAGGCUUGAAAAAUCGUUUCUGUUACUUCUAAAUAAUAGAAAGACGUGCUUCCUAGCGAAAUUUACUUUAUCAAACUUCCAACGUAAAGAAUUAAAGAGUUGUUCAUCAAGAAAAAUGUAAAGGAACACUCAUGCUUACCGUCCUCCAUCUUGGAUUUUCCUGGACUUCGAAUGAAUUCCGCUGACCAGGUUGAUUACAUUUCCAAAAGCCGUGCCAGCGAAAGAUAACGGUUCGCGGGACGGGACUACGAGUGACCCAGCGAAUGCAUUCGGGAAUCUUCCCAAGGGUCAUGCGCUGCAUAAAUAUCUCUCUCGAUCAAGGCUUGACCUAGUAAACCGAGAAUACAAGUGAGAGGCUAACAGGAGUGGUGUAAGUCGGAUGGGUCGCGAGCUGGCGUGACUCUGAGAGGUUUGAUUGCAAGUAAAAUUGUCACGCGAUAACACGCUCCCAUGAGCUCCCUUAUUCACCUCUACACCUAGAAUUUAAAAGCUGGGUAAACUUGAUCACAGAGGUCCUCUAAAACCCGAAAACUACAGCUCAGUAUACAUUCACAUGGAAGGAAAAGAGAUCUACUUUGGGUUCGGCUCAAAUAUGAGCAAGAGAAAAAUGACUGAGCGAGGCACGAAGUUUGUCUCGCGUGAAAGCGCCAUACUUCGAGGUUAUCGUGUUGAAUUCACCAUCUGGAAAGACGACGGUUAUGGCUACGCUAACAUUGCCCCAGACGAUGAUUCCAUAGUUUAUGGCGCUCUUUAUUACUGCGAAAAAGGCAGUAUGGCUAAGUUGGAUGAAUUCGAAGCCGGUCGACUUCAUCGAAUUAUUGUUAAGGUUGAGAAGGAAAGCGGAGAACUAGUGGAGGCUUCAGCCUUUCAAGCUUACGACGAGUUCGUUAAAGAAGGCCUAAAACCAAGUGAGGCUUACUUGAACGAAAUGCUUGAAGGAGAGGACAUCAUUCCUAAAGAAUACGCCGAAUAUUUAAGAAGUUUGAAAGCUGGAAAGUGAAGCGCAACAGAGCUGGCGUUAAACAUGAUUAAUGCAAAUAUAUACAGAAGCGAUUGUGUUUCUUAUCAGUGUGAGACAAAGCACGAAGCUUAUUCUUCAGUUAGUUGAAUAACGUGUACACCCUUGAGACUAUCUGCGAAUGCCCGCAUGAAAUUCUUCAUAUGCAGAUAUUUCUUUUGUACAUCCUUUUAUAUGUUUCAUUCAAUCAUCGGGAGAGCCUUCGUAUUAAGGCAGAGUCUACCCGGUAUAUCCUACAAAGGUUUAACUGUGUUUUUUUAUCCACAGGAGUAACAGGUGUAAACAAAGAGAGGACUUUGAGCGCUACUGUUAUUGUAAUAUUCGUGCUGCACCUUGGUCAUAUACAAUAUAUUAAAUUUUGAACGUUAAAAAAA